UCCUCUAAACCCCGCCCCCCUGGAGAGAGGCAGGGAGGCCCGCGGCUCGCUAUCCAACGCCCACCGACGGGCUGACACCGACUCGUCUCAUUGUGCCGGUGUUGGCCGGUGCUGGUCGGAGCCGCGGCGACUCGAACCGACAGACGGAGAACAGGACCUCGUCCACCUUCAGGUCACAGUGGCUCUGUUACCUGAGAGGCAGCGGCUCCACCGUGUCAUUGCGUGUCUGCAGAUCGCGCUGCAGUGAUGUCAUCGCUCCUCCUCCUCCUCGCCUUCCUCACCUCCACCGCCUUCACGCUGGACUUCCGUUAUCACAGCAACCGUGAGAUGGAGCAGUACCUCGUCCAGACCAACGCCUCCAACCCCGACAUCACUCACCUGUACAGCAUCGGCCGAUCCGUCAGAGGUCAGCAGCUGUGGGUGCUGGCUCUGGGUGUGACUCCCCAUCGCCACACCGUCGGCAUCCCAGAGUUCAAAUAUGUGGCCAACAUGCAUGGAAACGAGGUUCUGGGCCGAGUGCUGCUGCUCCAUCUCAUCGACGACCUGGUGCGAGGCUACCGCAACAACGAGAGCCGGUCGCUGCAGCUGCUGAACAGCACCCGCAUCCACAUCCUGCCCACCAUGAACCCGGACGGCUUCGACGGCGCCGACACAGACUGCUACUACAGCCAGGGGAGGUACAACUACAACGGCGUGGACCUGAACAGGAACUUCCCCGAUGCCUUCGCUGGCCUGCGGAGCCAGGAUGGAGUGGACGAGGAGAGGAGGGAGGCAGAGGUCAGAAGUGUGAUGGACUGGUUGAAGACUGAGAGCUUUGUUCUGUCUGCCAACCUGCACGGAGGAGCUGUGGUGGCCAGUUAUCCGUACGACAACAGCAACAGCGACGCUCAGCUGUAUGAUGCCAGCGUCUCCCCCGACGACGACGUCUUUGUUCACCUGGCCAAGGUUUACUCCCACAACCACGCCUCCAUGCACCGGGGCAACGUCUGCCCCGACACCGGACCCUUCUCAGACGGCAUCACCAACGGGUACCAGUGGUAUCCACUCGAAGGUGGGAUGCAAGACUAUAACUAUGUGUGGGCUCAGUGUUUGGAGCUGACUCUGGAGGUUUCCUGCUGCAAGUUUCCUCCGGUCCAACAGCUUCCUGCCAUGUGGGUGGACAACAGGGAGGCUCUGCUCGCCUACAUCCAGCAGGUGCAUCUGGGGGUCAAAGGUCGUGUGUUUGAUAGCUCUGGUGUGCCGGUGCAGAACGCCCUGGUGGAGGUCAAAGGUCGUAACAACCUGUGUCCAUUCAGAACCGACCGUCAUGGAGAAUACUACAGGCUGCUGCUGCCUGGAAACUACAGCUUUACUGUGUCUUAUCCGGGUCAUGAAGUUUUGACGCAGGAACUGAACAUCCCAUACGGUCCUGAUACAUUUUCCGCCUUGAAGCAUGACUUCCUGUUAAAGGCCAUCAGCCCGCAGCCUGGGGGUUCCGUGGAUCAGGCCACGCCCUCCUGUAACUACACAAUGAGGCUGAGCGGAGGUGGAGGCACCCACACGCCCACGUGGACCGCAGUAGUGGUGGGGCUCGGCCUGAUGGCGGCGCUGCCAUCCCUGAUCGCCUGAGGAGGUCCACACGGUGCUCGCUCCACCAGAGGGUUCUGAGGAGAAGCUCUGGUUUGGGGCGGUGAAGCGGUGGUCACAAUAUGAAGCUGCACACCAAAGCUCACAUGCACAUCAGCUUAGGAACGUUAUUACCUGCAGGGCUAAUCAUCUGUUAGCACAGUAGCUAAGCCAGGCGGCUGACCUCCACUCAGCCGAGUCGAUUUAUUUAUUUAGAUCUUUGGGACCGUGGACAUUUCAAUACACACACGCCACCACAUGCUGGAAACCUGGGAUUCAGCAGGGUUCUGGGGAAUGUUCUGAAGGAUCUCAGCGAUGGAUCCAUCUGUUUGAGCCGCACAGGCCCUAAUCAACAGAGGCCCAGAACUACACCACAGCCAAUAACUACACACAUGAAUUUAGUGAAGUCAAUUGAAGCUCAGGAGAGUUAGAGCAGAGCGUUGGAAUGAUGAUGCAGACAGAAAAUGCCGAUAAGCCACCACUUCCACAGCAAGAAGAAGGUUUCAUCUGCACGGGCUGCCUCAAAGGGCAGCUACGGGUUGGUUCUCCAGAAGAACAGGCUCCUUGAGGAGUUGGUGGAGGCAGAGUGAACGUUGAAGUUGUGGAGCUGAACAGUAAUGUUACAUGUGAUAUUAAUGAGGUCAAAGCAGCACCUGCCUUUCAGCAGGUUCAAAGACUUAAAGCAACUUCAAAGACUUAAGUUGAUUUCUGCAUGAAUGGAUCAAAUGUGAAAGUAAAAACUGUGUAAACGUGGUUUACAAACCAAAACACUGGUGGGAAUGUCCAAUCAGGACAUCAAACUGAGACAAAGCAGUUGUCUUCGAGGCCUUGUUCAGUUUAUUCCCGUCGGGCGGUUGAACUUUAUUUUUGCCAAACUUCAGGAUUUUCUAUUUUUCUACUGUUUGAUUAAAUACUGUUCCUUGAAACGCCUCUGUGCCGUGUGGUACCUGCAGCCUCUGCUCACACAGCUCCGGCCGAGCCACAAAUACACGUUAGGAAGUGAACAUUAAAAAAAAGAUAACAUUAUUUAUGCAAAAAUAAAAAAAUACAGUAACCAUGAGUUUCCAGCAGAGAAACUGCGUGUUUUAGCUUCUAGUCGUUUUCAAAAUGCUGCCUGUUAUCAAACUGCUCUGGGUCAGUACCACAGAUCUGCUGCAACAAACAUUCACCAGGGCUCAUGAAGCAGAUUAGUUCAGAUCAGGUUGGUCAUUUACCGACUGCCUCAUGUGUGAUGACUUUACAAGCUUCAGCUUAGUAAAUAUAAAACAUGG